AUGUCAUCAUUUCGUUUGUCGACAAUUUAUUUCUGCAGGACUCUGCUGGGUACGCUGAUUUGCUGCUAUUUGUUGACAGAUCAUGUUACUGCCAUUACCGAUGAUUCGAACAUCGCUAAAAUUCCUGCAUAUAGAACAUUUCAAGAAACUGGUUAUGGUUUGAAUGAAGCAUCGCAUCUACGAUCUUUAAGGUCGGCUCUUGGAAUGGAUAAUAUUGGUCAGAUCACUUAUCCAUUGACAUCGCGUUCGGCAGCAAUGAUAUCAGGUCGUGGAUUCCGGCCUGGUAAGAGAUACGAUGCGGAAGUCAUAUCUUUUAUGUAA